UUCCUACAUGUAUCCAUAAUACUGCUGUGCAAGUCGCCAACCACGCGAUUUCCCGCCGCCUCCUUCCAUUUCCACUUGCACCCUACCCUGCUCAGUCCUCACCGACACCCGCUUCGAGACUUGUGCGAGUGGGCGGGAAUAAAUCUAAUAUCCUCAGCCUCAACUCCCACCUCUGUCUGUUCUCCCGACUUAUUCGUGUCUGUCUUGUCUGUUCGUCUGUCUGAUCUAGUCUGGAACUUGUUGACGACCACACGACCACCCGACCCACGACCACUCGACGGGCGACCACGACCAGGAUCGUCGCGGGUUGUUGUCAGCCAAUACCACCCGCUCCUGCGACGACGACGUCAAUCCAAUUUGGCUGUCUGCCCGCCCGCCUGCCUGCCUGUCUUGGUUCUCCACCCAAGACACAGUCGCGACAACAGACACACAAUAAACAGCCACCCCAACUACUAGUAUAUACCUCGCAGAUGACCUGGGCCGAGAUCGAGUAGACGCACGACAACGCACGACAACACACCUCCCACACGCCUCCCGCGCCUCUUAGAUCCAUCCGUCCAAGCCCGUCCAAUCUUGGACUCCCACGCUGCACACCUGUCGUGCUCCCUCCCCCGACAGCCCUGACCGCCGCCCGCCGCCCGCCCCUCGAACCUCAAUUCAGCCUCCAGCCCUCCAGUCCUGUCACUGUCAGCCCUUUUUAUGCUGGCAGUGAUCCAGGGCCCUCGCUCCAUGGGCGCGCCAUGUUCUCCAUGCAACGAUCCCUCUCUUCGCCCGUCCUGCACGCCUCCGAGCCUGCCCCAGCUCCUCCCCCGGAAAGGUCGUCAACUCCUCCCUCUCCAGAGCGUCAUGUCGAGUCCUCUGUCCCUCGACGAGAACACCCCAGCAGCCCCUCAUUGUCCGACAUAUCUCCAGGCACCUCCCGCGACAGCGAGAUGCCACUGCCCACACGCCACAGCGACGACCUCCCGCGGCCCAAGAGCGCCAUACAAACUACGAGCCCCAUCUUUAGAAAGGCCAUAGUCGCCCAGCCCUCGCCUCCCCUCGCCUCCCCGACUCCCGCCUCCAACAACACAGACCCGGCCCAGAACAAUGCUGCGCGCGAUGAGCCCCAGCAGCAGAGGCUCCCUUCCGCCCUGAGGGCCCCCGUCAAGAUCCCCCAGCCGCUCAUCACCGACGCCUCCCUCUAUACAAACCCGUAUCUGGCCCCAGUUGACGCGGCAGAGAGCACCUCGUUAGACGAGCUCGCCCACCUGGUCCGCUUGUCCAAGUACCAGGAGCGCAAGCGCGCCAACACCAGGAUUCGCCUGCAGCGUACCUUGGUCUCCACCGCCCUCUCUGCCCGCCUUACCCGCUGCGGCGAGAUCGCCCAGAGGAACCUGGCCGAGUGCUUCCGCACCGAGGACAAGAAGACCUUUGCCGCCCUCUAUGGCGCCGUCCAGGAUGUCCGCAAGAGCUGCGACGAGGUCAGGAGGUACGCCCUCCUCGAGCCAGAGGUGGAGCUGCUACAUUCCUCCGGGAUGGUGUCGUCCGAAAGUUUGGAAACACCCACCGGCUCCGUCGUCGCCGCCGGCCCCAUGGCUGGCUCGACAGUCCCCUUCCUCCACGACAUCUCGGCCGAUGCCAGGGAGACAUUGCUCAGUUUCCUGUCCAAGAUCAGGAACGACCCGGACUACCUGGCCACCCGGAUAUGCUCCCUGUCCAACUCGGAACGUGCCGCCAUCACCAACUUCCACUCCGGCUUGGAUCCCGUCGAGUCCGUCCUGCCGCUCUACAAUAAGCCACACAUGCGCGGUCCUGGCGCCUCCAACAGGCACCUGUCUAACAAUCCCAGCCCGGUUGAGCGCUUGUUGUCCUUCCAGAGACACGAUGCCCUGUCUGCACUCAUCUACACGUGCUUUGCUAAUUCAGCAGGUCCCGACAGCGCCGAGGAUAAGCGCCGGACCGAUGUCUGGGCCAACGCGUGCGCGCGCCUCAUCUCCAAGUCCGCCACGGAAUCCAAGUCUGGAAAUGAGAACGUGCCCAUCGAGCCCGUCCUCAUCCACGUCCUGAACGUUUGGUCAAGCAUGCGCGACUGGGCAGGCCGCUCAAACAUGGAAUGGUACCUCAUGAAGAUCCUCGAGGAUGGCGCAUUUCUUUUGGACCGCGCCGAGGACCAGCAUGGCACCCGCUUCAACAUCUCGGAUUGGACGUCCAAGGACCAAAUUGCGGCCGAUGAGUUCUAUGAUCGUGCUACUGACGAGCUUUUUGACAUCCUGGACGAUGAGGACGCCACUGGUCUCCCAGAGGGCCUGCUCGAGAUAGGGAACCAGAUCCUCAGGCGCCUGGACCACAAGUAUGUCGACAGCACCAGGAAGUGGUUCGUCUACAAGUGGCUCUUCUCCGUCUGGCUGCUAGGUGUCGUCGUCCAUCCAGAAACCCAUGGGAUGAUGACCGACUACCACAUCACCGAGUACGGCAGGCAGAAGAUCCUCAAACAGGUCGCCAUGAGGGCCUCCAGCGUCGUCGUAGACAUGCUUUGGAAGACCGGACCGGUCUCGACACCCCCCAAGGUCAAGGCCCACGUUGAGAACAUCCUCGGUCGUUUCAAAAACUCCCGCUACAGGCCCCGCCCGAGGCUGCUCAAGGCCAGGUCCAUCACAUCGCUGCGGGAAACUGCCGAGGUGCAUCCGUAUCUCGUUGUGAGCCCUGCGGAUUUGGUCACACUCGUCAACGCUCUCUUCCCCGAGAAGAGGCCGAUGUCGUCCGCCUCCAUCCGGUCUGGUGCCCCUUCUAUUUCCGGCAUGUCUACCAUGUCCCAGCCCAUGUCGAUGGCCACUUCGAGGAGCAACAAUUUUGAGACAGCUUCCAUCAUCAGCACAAGUGUGUCUUCCGUCCUCAGUGACACAAGCACAGCAGCAGAGACAACCAUCGAGCAGCAGGCUACUGGCACCUCAGCGAGAUCCUCGCCCCCACUUGGUGCUCGCCCGAGCCAGGAGUAUAUGAGUAACUAUGAGGAUGACGGCUACCGGCUCCGCCUUGCCCUCCACGAGAUGACCCAGAUCCUUGGUGUCGAUACGUGCUGCGGGUCAUGCCACCCGUGUGCUGAGCGAUGGGCCGUGCUUUUCAUCUCUUCGGAUGGGAAAUCACUUUCUACACAGAUGACCUACGAUCCGGAUGACGAACACGAACCAGAGGAGGAGAACUCUUCUUCCCUGAGCGAGACUGACGAGGAUGACCUGGACGAUGACCGGCCGGAGCUCGACAAGGACUAUCACCAACUUCGUGACUCGAUCCUGAAACUUGUUGAGGACUUUGAGAUCCCCCAGACCUCAGACCAGGGCACUGGAAAGUUCAGCAACAGGACGUCCACACUGAAGAAGUACCGUUCCAAGAACAAGAUCAUCACAACGGAGAGGGCAAGGCCCGGGAGCCCCAGUCGGAAUCCAUACCGACGAAAGGUAACGGGUCAUGACAGUCCUGUGAGGACCGCCUCGCCGCUCGGCGCUGGCGAGAAAGGCAAGGAGGUGGAAGGCAGAGGACAGGAGUCGCCUGAAACGACGCCGGUUCUCGUUGCCAUGCUCCAGGCUGCCGCGGCUCAAGCUCGGGCGCAGUCGGAUUUUGUCGGGUCUCUCUCGUAUUUCAGGACGCUGCAACAGCUCAAUGCCCUGUCUUCGACAUCUCUUCGAGCGGACGGAUUUGCGACAUUGUUGAACAUCUUCAGCAGAGGGCCCCGAGACUCAAUCCGACGUUCUGCGUCCGCAAUCGAGGAAUACGACGCCUGGCUUGUCUGGCUCAAGCAAUCGCAGGAACGCGCUGAGGGUGUAAUUGACUCCAUGAUGCGGCGUUUGCGAGCGCUGCGCGACAAGAUGUGGUACAUUACCGAUGUGCAGAACUCGAAGCCAUACGAGUAUUCUCGCAACAUUGCCGUUGCUCUCAAGGCGAUGGCCACGCGGCACAAGCGCAACAGCUACGGUCGAAGCCGGAGCAUGCUUCGUGGAACUGCCACUGCGUAUCUCCACCGCACCGAGUCCCAAAUUAUUGACCUCAUAGCUGCGAAUGAAGAACGAGGUGGCCCAAACAAGCUUUCUGAUGACCAGGCGGAAAAGACUUCACGUUUCCUGGAGGAAUACGGGAUCGAGAACUUCUGCCGCGGCGAGGAGCGUAUCCAUCGAUUCUGCUGCGAGGUCAAAUCAUGCAUUGGCAAGCUCGUCGGCGACAACAUGAUGGAUGGGCCGGUGCUCUGGAGCAGCGAGCUGUAUCUCCGCGACAAGAAAUUGCUCGAGGCCCCAGCUGCACGGAGAGAUGCACCCCUCUCCUCUUUCCACAACGACGACGCUAGCAGCAUCAUGAGCGACUCGGAGAGGCGGUUCACACCUGCGUCAAGCAGGCCAGGCUCACUGGCAAGAGACUUGAGGGGCAUGUCAUCAAUUGCAAGCUUUGACUCGGCACGCUACGGAUACUCGCGUGCCAGCACGGCGAUGAGCGACAUCAUGGACUCGGGGGAGUACUUUGGGCAUUCCUCGCCCGUGCACACCAUAGACAGCGCAUCGACAUAUUGGUCGCCCUUCCAGUCCAUCACAUCAGCAAGCUCGACGACCUCCCGCGCUCACAGUCCCACCACGAGCAUCACCAAUUUCAGUGGUUCUAUGUGCGGGCCACAUGGCCAUGCAAACCACGGCCUUGCUCGUCCAGGCACGUCAGUGUCCAACAGUGAUACGAUUCAACAGCAGCGGCUGAAUGACGACAAGACAAGGUUCCUCAACGACCUCCGGCAGACCUUGACGAGCUUGUUGCUUAGCGACCUUGGGAACCUGAUCUUCUCCAGGGGGUCCGAAACAGACGGCUGGUUCGAGGACCUCGGCCAGGACUGUAUCGACCGCCGCGAUGCUCAGGAGAGGAAGGCCAAGAAGAGGCGGUCCAGGCUCCGGGUCAUUGCGCGAAAGGAGAGCUUCGGGAACCUGCGAGACGCCAACAAUGCUGCAGAUGCAGCAGCUCUUAACCAGAGCACGUCCGAGUCGCAGCCCGCGACUGGUGCUCAACCAACCCGGGACAAUGAGAGUUCCGCGACUAGCGAUACGUUGCCGGGCAAGAAGUCCUCGAAACCCAGCCGCGAAAACCUGGCGGAAUUCCCAUUCAAUGGAGCCUACCAGCGGCUGUUGAGGAUGUUCUGUGUCCACCCAGACCCAUACGCCAAGCUCAACGCCCUCUACGAGCUGGAGCAUCUUAUUGUUGCAUCCCUGUCUUCUGGGACUACUCGCCGCAGGUUCGGAUGGCUGCGCUCGCCGGAGCUCGAAGCAGAGAAAUACGGCCAAGGAGGUCACUGCCGGCCGUUCGAGGAGGCAAUCGACAACCUUCGCGAGCGCAGGUCCCUGACACUCCAACCGCCCGGCAUCGGAGGCAAUCGCAUGCCGAGCGGCAACCUCAACUCGGAAACCCGGUCUGUCGUCAACACGUCCUCGGUAGCCUCCAACACCGACGCCGUCGCUACAGUGCUGCAACAGCUGUUCCGCAGCGCAGAAAUCCGACCGGCGACGCUCUUCCGUGACCUCCAGUUCAUCGCCAGCUUCGUGCCUGCCAGCAUCCUUGACAAGACCGACCGCGGCAAGGCCUUUUGGGACUGCGCGAUUGCCGCCCUGGGCCUCAAGCAGGAGGUCUGCAGGACCAUGGUCGAGAUGGCAGAUGAACUCGUCGGUGUGUACACUCAGACCAGGCGAGGCAACCCGCCGCCGCCGCCGGAGAGCACGGCUAGCUCGUCGAUCAACGGCGAGGACGAGGCUCGCGCGCAGAGGCCUUCGCCGACCGCUGAACAGCAGGCCUCUCGCACGGCUUCGACCAGCCCACCCACGCCGCCGCCGCCGAGCACGACGUACCGUCUCGAAGACGCGGCGCGCAUGUGGACCAUCACCGCCAAGGAGGGUGACCCGACGAGCCAGAGGGAGCUUGCGCUCUUCUAUCUGUCCAACCCGGAGCUGGUUGACCGGACCACCCUGCCGCUGUCCAAGCCCCGCGAGGUCUUCAAGGAGGCCAUCAUGGACAAGUAUGGCGGGGGCUAUGGCGCGCGCAUUGGUGCCGGGCAGCCUCAUCGUCCAGGUACCGCAGGCCAUGGCCAGGGUACGGACGGAGGCAGGCGAGACGUCAGGAGUGAUGGUGGGCUGAUGUGUGUUGCCAUCCACUGGAUGGAGGCCGCCGAGCAGGGCGGCGACGAGCUCGCCAGGACGUUCCUUGGUCAAAAUGACCUCGGACUGUAAGUAAGUGAGGGUGUAUCCCUGGCAGGGGUGCUAAUAAGAAGCGAGCGCAGUGAGAGAGGGAUCCGGCUCAAGGCGUUGGUGUCGUUUGCAUUACCAUUUACGUUACCAUGCGCGCACGCAAUUUGCAUACAUGUCUAGGGUAUCUAGGCCGAUCUGUAUGUGGGCGUUUUAUUUGGCCGGAUGACGAAUAUCUGAGCGGCACACACGAUAUCAUGACAGGAUUUGAUGACUGGGUUCAAGGGAAAGGAAACUGAAGCAUUUACGACGUUGCCCCUGCCAGCUGUUCCCUGCUGGUGGGUAGGAUUGAUUUUCGAGCUCUCCUUGUCUUCUUCCAUUCUUAAUCUGUUUCGGCUCGGUUGCUGGGCAGCUCGAUUGGUAAUAUGUUUUUGAAUUUGUUUGUCAUGACAAUCUUGUAUCUAUUUACAUAACUUAUUAUACCCCUUAUACAGCGUCAAUAGAUACAGAGCCAUUGCUCUUUUUUGGAUGGAGACAAA